GCUCCGGACCUGUUAGAGAGGAGUCCAGCUGGACACUCAUUAACUACUGAGGAUCUAAAUCCUGUCUUAAAGUCUGAUCCUCCUCCCUGGGACAGCUUGUGCGAUGUGAUGGUUGAAAGUUACCUAAAACAAGACAAAUAUAAUUGAAUCAACAUAAUAACCGGUUUCCAGAUACACAUUUAGAGUUGAGUACACAAGUAUAGCAUGCUUUAGACAGAGUUUUAAUGUGUGGUAUAGUUAUGUAGAGGCUUUGGGGUUUGGUCAAUGGGAGGGAUGGGACAGCUGCUUCACGUUCAUCUUAAUGUCUCUGGUGUUCAGGUAUAUUGAUGAUCUGCUGCUUCACGUUCAUCUUAAUGUCUCUGGUGUUCAGGUAUAUUGAUGAUCUGCUGCUUCAUGUUCAUCUUAAUGUCUCUGGUGUUCAGGUAUAUUGAUGAUCUGCUGCUUCACGUUCAUCUUAAUGUCUCUGGUGUUCAGGUAUAUUGAUGAUCUGCUGCUUCACGUUCAUCUUAAUGUCUCUGGUGUUCAGGUAUAUUGAGAUGAUCUGCUGCUUCACGUUCAUCUUAAUGUCUCUGGUGUUCAGGUAUAUUGAGAUGAUCUGCUGCUUCACGUUCAUCUUAAUGUCUCUGGUGUUCAGGUAUAUUGAGGAGCACAUUCAGAAGACCGGCGUGGCUAUUGAGACUCAAGGCUUCACCUUCAUCACAAGCGGUCGCAAGAGAGAAUCACUGACGGGCAACGCCACCUUGCACCUCUACCCCCACUUCCGACCCCUCCUUGAGUUCAAAGGUGUGACGGACUACCUCUCCGCUGAGGUCUCCAGCUCCAAGCAGAAGAAGUUCAGCCUGCUGACCUUCGUGGACACGCCCGGCCUGGUGGACGGAGACAUGGUGUACCCCUUCAGCGUCAACAGCGCCAUCACCUGGCUGGGGAAGCAGGCGGACCUGGUCCUGGUGUUCUUCGACCCGAUGGGUCAGGCUCUGUGCAAGCGGACGCUGAACAUCGUGGAGCAGCUCAGUGACGCCGUCGGAGACAAGCUGCACUUCUACCUCAGCAAGGCGGACGAGGCGGGCAACGAGACGGACCGGCAGAGGGUGAUGAUGCAGAUCGUACAGGAGCUCUGCCGCCGGCCUGGCCUCAACAAGUGUGGCUUUGAGAUGUCCACCAUCUACAUCCCCAACCCCCAGAAGCCGAGCCGCUGUGUGAACCAGAUCGAUGGUAUGUGCCAGACCAUCGAGAAGACCAUCAACCAGGCGGUCCAGAAGACCCUCGACCAGCUGGAGAAGGACUGCAACCUCAUCACCUCCACUAUCAAAGACCGUCUAGCCCAGGACCGGGCGGACGUGGGCCACAACAGGAGUGUGCGUGUGCACUCCUUUCUGUGCGGGCUGCUGGGCGUGCUCCUGCCUGCGCUCUUCAUCCUCAGCUUCAUCGUCAACACCUUCACCAAAGAGGAGCUGGACGGCCUGGUGGGGGAGGGGGGGGCCAGGGUGCUCUCCGUCUCCACGGCCGUCUUUGUGUAUCUGUGGGAGUGGAUACCGGAGGAUGGGCAGGUCGUCGUGGUGAUGGUGUUUGGUGCUUCCUGCUACCUCCUGAUGUUUCUAUCCAAAUACUUUGCCCGUCAGGGCUGUAAUACUCUGAGCAAGAAGGAGAAACGAACCCUGGCCGACUACAGCGACUACAUCCAGGACGUCGUCAGACUCAAGAAGGUGAAAUUGUACGAAUCGUACCUCCAACAAUGUGCAGCUGAAGGUGACUUUUAGUCCCUGUGGAAUGUCAAGGACAAUAUUUUGGAACAGCAUAUAGAACAAUAUUUCACUAUUCGUCCAAAGGCGUAGGCAACAAUAAGACAAUAAGCGUUUUCUGAGAGGCACAGGACAGAUCUGUUGUCUCUCUCUCUGGGAACUUUGUGGGCUUUUUGAUUCAUUUCAUAAGCAAUAUGUCUAAUUCAAAGUGAAAGUGCCUUUUCUUUCUUAUUCAAUACAAGGAUAUCUCUGUCUGAAAUAAUCCCAGAGAAGGCAUUCUUUUUAUAAUGUGAAUGUAUUUUUCAUUGUUUGUGAAACAUUAGUUCUGGAAAGUGCUGUUUACAAGUGCUGUUUGCACUCUUUAACUUUUGAAGAUUUGGACUAUGACUUGCAUUGACGUCCUGCCAGCAGAGUUUCAAACCGAUUUUUCUGGCUCUUUAGAUAACAGUCCUCUGAAAACGUGCAUGUUGUUAACACACCAAAACAAAACGUGUGGUUUUCACUAUUUUGCCAGAAGAGAAAUCCUUAUUGUUGACUCAGGAAUCCCUUCAGAUGUUCCUGAGGUCCCCAUUCACAGCCAUCUUGUGUGAUCUAUUGACUGAUCAUAAACGGAUGACUAUGAGGUUAACUUUACUAGCUUUACUUCGGAUGAUCAUGUGUCCUCAAAAGGUAUCCCAGCGUACAGAUCUUAGUGUGUUCCUUGCUCUGUCUUCUCCCUCCAUGUCUGGUCAUGUGUCUGCAGGGUUUCACGUUCUCCUGUCGUCAAGGGGGUAAACUUGGUGAAGGUGAGCAAUAAUAUAAAAGUAAGGGCAUCAUGUUAAUAAAAUAGUGUCGAUAAGGGAGGCCUGAUUAUAUAUUAUAAUGUAUUUAUUUCAUUAUUUGGCCACAAUGUCUUAUAAAGAAAGGUGCUCUCUCCCUCAUUUACUUUCCUUUGAUACGUCUAAAUCUCAAUGAUGUGAUCCCAGUAACUCAGUCGGCUUUCCUGUCUGUGUUCAUGUUAUUCAGCUGUGAAACUCUACAAAGCACUGAUGCUUUUUACCCACUGCCAUUUUGUACUAUUCUCUUAGUACAGACUCAAUUUAAGGGUUGAUGCAAUUCUUAGAGUUUUUUUUUUUUUUUUUCAAUUGAACUACAAUAUACAACCUUGACUCUAUUGUAUAUACGUAUACACACCAAUCAUAUGUGAUCUGACACUGCCUUGAAAUAGCUGUGAAACUGUCCAUAAACAGGUAAUGCUUUUGUGGGAAAUUGUCUAUAUUGUUUACCUUGUGGAUCUGCAACAUUUCCGAUAAAUAUAAUAUAAGUCGAUAAAUCAAAAAAAAAAUCUUUCCUCGAUUAUUAAUUGUCUUUCCUCAACAUUAUUUGAUCUCAAUAGUUCACCUAUCUAGUAAUCAGGAACAAAUAGUUCACCUAUCUAGUAUUCAGGAACAGACCAUUCACCUAUCUAGUAAUCAGGAACAAACAGUUAACCUAUCUAGUAUUCAGGAACAAACCGUUCACCUAUCUAAUAAUCAGGAACAAACAGUUCACCGAUCUAGAACUCAGGAACACACCGUCCUACCUGACACCCUCUAACACCUGUUCUCACAGGCUAGCGCUUUAAUCACCGCAAAGAAAUCCGCAGCCAAAGGUAGAAUGAAAUAAAUAUUUGGGUCAUACCAUU